GUGUUCUGUACUCAUGAGGACCUGCAUGGGGAGGAUCUCCAUGAAUACGGAGGUCUGGAGUUUCCUCAGAUCAACUAUCACAAAUUCAACACCCAUCCCUACCGCUACUUCUAUGGCUGUGGCUUUAGACACCUUGUAGGGGACACGCUGAUUAAGAUGGAUCUCCACGGAAAACGCAUGAAGGUGUGGGAACAUCCUGGUCAGUAUCCAUCUGAGCCGGUCUUUGUUCCCUCUCCUAAUGCUACAGAGGAGGAUGAUGGUGUCAUCAUGUCUGUGGUCAUCACUCCAGACGAGGACAAGAGUACAUUCCUUCUGGUGUUAGAUGCCAAGACAUUCGAGGAGCUGGGCAGGGCGGUGGUACCUGUCAACAUCCCCUAUGGCUUCCACGGGACAUUCAAUGCCACGGCUUAGACGUCUGAUGGAUGUACAUGUGACUUCACAGGGACACACCUACACUGUGUACAUGUUGACUUAAAAGCAAAGACCCUCAUUUAAAGAAUUCCUUUAUUUUCAUGCCAUAGUGAUAUGUUAAAGCAUACAUGCCUUUUUUCAGACUUAAUAAAACCUUAAGUGUCGAUACAAUCUGUGUUGAAAUAAAAUCCUUUGUUUCUAUUGUUUUUCCACAGCUAUCUGUAAAUGAAGGUCGUGAGGUU